CACGACAAGCUAUUUCAGGUUGUGUGUGGCAAUAUCAAUUGCAGUAUAGUUGUGAUCGAUGUGAGUUAAAGAUCUAAUAUUUGCGUAUGCACAUAUAGCGGGGUUUAUAACAGUAAAUUAAUUUGCUUAACGCGCUCUUUCAUUUAAGUAAAAGACAAUUUAUUGAAUAUACUGAUAUAAUGGAAGCCGCUGCUGUUUCGUUUUCGGAUCAAGGGUCUGAUUCAGUUGUUGAGUUCUGUUGCUCUGAAUGCGAUGAUGAAACAAAAGAAGCAAGAUUUUAUUGCGAAAACUGCCUUAAAUUUUACUGUGAAGAAUGCAUUGAACCACACAACAAGCUUUAUAAGAAACAUAAUUCCUUUGCUAGAGGCGAAGUGAAUAAAUGGCCACUUGCCAAGAAGUACAUGGAUUUUCUAGAACGUUGUGAAGUUCACAAGGGAAAACAAAUUGAAUUUAUAUGUGAGGACCACGACAAACUCUGCUGCAAUGCGUGUGUUCUGCUAAACCAUAGAACAUGUUCAAAUGUAAAAAUGGUUUCUGAAUCAGUAAACAAUAGACCAUUGUCAGGAAUUCGAAAACUGUCAACCAAAAUACAACAUAUUCUGGGGCAAACAAAAAAAAUGGAAGCAAACUUUCGGAGUGAACUAGAAACAUUAGAAGUAUCUUAUAUUCAACGGGUACGUGAUAUUAGAGACGUGCGCCAGAAAGUAAUUGCUGCCUUGGAUGUGCUUGAGAAAAAUACGUUGCGAGAAGUUGAUGACAUUAAGAGUUGCUUCCAAGAAUCACUUAAAUCCAAUAUCGAUGACUGUACAAAGAUUAACUCUGACUUAGACAUGUUCAAUGCUAUACUACCAGACGUUGGAAAUAAGAGCAAGGAAUUACAGUUUAUUGCCGAAAAAAAAUUCAUGGACAAAAUACAGAUAUCGGAAAAAUAUAUCAAUGAUUAUUCUCUUAAAACGGAGUAUUCAAUAACGUUCUGUGCAAAUACGGGUAUCGAGCAGUACAUAUCCAAACUUACUCAUCUCGGUAUCACUGGGCAUAACAACCGAAAAAUGCCAGCCCAUGGUAACCCAAAUGAAAUAUUCACAUUUCACGAUAAAUAUACACAUAUUGUAAACUUGCAAACAUACUCCAAUCAAGAAAGUGAAAAUAUUAGCAUUUCUGAACGUCCCACUGAUGAAAUGAAUCUGAAUAAUGACGACGUGUCGAAUGAGUCUGAUGAAGACAUUUAUAUUGCAGGUAUUUGCGGUUUUCUUAGUGGUCAGAUUGUUAUUGCUUUCAGUAAUCAGACUUUGAAGCUAUUUGACCAGCAAUAUCGUUCAAUCGGUCGUUGUGAAGUAUCUGGUAGCUGUAAAGAUAUGUGUAAAAUCAGUCCAAAUGAAAUAGCUAUUGCGUUAUUCAAUGAGCCUGAUAGUUCUGAUGAUGAUAGUUCUGGGGAUGAAACAAGCAGCAGUGACAAAAUACACGAGGUUCAACUUAUCGGUUUGGACAAAGGGCAACUAAUUAAGGACAGGAUAAUACAGCUAACACAUUUGUGUAUUGGAAUUGCCAGCUACCAGGAUGAUUUGUACGUGACUUCAGGAACCGCAUUGUAUCAUUACAAAUUGACAGGGUCACUUGUGGGAAAGAUUCACGAGGAUAAAUCGGACAAUCAUACAGUUUGGAAGUGCGCAGUUGGCCUCCAUGGUGACAAGAUAUUUUUAACAAACACAGAUAAAGAUUGUCUUAUCACAUUAGCCAUGGAUGGAUCCGUGCUAUCGAGAUUAGAUGGAAUAGGUCGUCACGCGGAUAUACACGUUACUCCGUUAGGACAAGUUCUGGUCUUUAGAGAUAAAAAAGGAAUCAUACAGAUUGACGGUGAUGGGCGGACGAUUAUUGCCAAAGAUGGAAGGAUUUUUGAUAUAAGAGUUGGAGAUAUAAGAGUUAGAGUGCAGUCAGUUUACUACAACCAGAUGACUCAGGCAUUCAUUUUGAUACCUGAAGAAGAUGAAUAUAUGUUUGUGUUUGAAAAGCAAUAAUUCGUGUCCAUAGUAUUAUUGUUAACGGUAUGGUACUUUUUUAUAGCAAUGUAUGUCAUUACCAUGUAUAACAAUUGUAUCCACACUGAUAUUGUCGACUUAUUUUUUUUUUAAACAUAAUUUAUAACAGUCAAGUCUUAGUACUAAAGUAAUUUUAAGCGAAUAGUUUUAUAUUACCAACAACAUUGUUACUGCAUAUUUCUAGCUCGGUUGGAAUAACGCGUAAAAGACAUUAAUCGUACUACCAUAAACGGGUUUCCCUUAAUCAUUUUCACAUUUGACGCAAUGAUACCAAAAUCAUAUUUUGGGAGCGAUAAAACUUAUUUUGAGUUUUAAGUUGUUUGCGUAAGUAACUCAACGAUGUUUGUUUUUCAUAUAUGAUGAGUAAAUGGAAUGAAAUAAUUUUGAUUUUAUUUUUUGCAAAUUUUUAAUCAUGUUUAAAGUAUUGAUUUAGUUUUGUGUUGUGUUGUAUUUUAACAUGUUUGAUAAAUUUGUACAGCACAAGGUCAUGUUCAUGACUGAAUAUUCAAAAUAAAACAUGUAUACCUAUGUAUAAUAUACUCUUUCAGAAAAAAUCAAUAAGUAACGGAUUUUGAAUAUUCAAAAGUUUGCAACAUGGCGUUAAAAUAUUGAAAAACAGGAAAUAUCUAAGUACAUUAAAUUACUGGUUUAUAUCUAAAUAAUAUCAAUUCUAGUCUGAGGUUUACUAUAUAUUUUCAUAAUUGUUGUAUUUCAAAUUUGAAAUAUUCAAUUUUUAUCACAAAUUUGAAAAGCUGUGUUAAUGUAGUAAAGUGAACAUAAAAAAAUGCUAUAAUGUAUGUGUAAGUAUAAUGUGUUUAAUAUAUAUUGUCAAUUGUAUAUGUCUUUGUUUUGCUAUAGAUCUAUAUUCACAAGUUAAAUAGUGUAGAUUUGAUCUUAAUAUCCGCAAAUAAAGUUCAAUUAGCAUAUCGGGCGAUAUUGAACACGGGCAAACUGACAAUACAUUAUUUAAUAUUAAUAAUAAAUCAAUUAUGUGGCAGUGAUCAGUACGUCUGAAUGAAAGGCUUAAAUGCUCUUAAAAAUUAGACAAAUCCAAUAACAUGAUUUACAAAGUCAACAUAAUUACAAAAGUGUUGGUUUGAACAUAAAUACAUUCUUAAUUAGCAAAUAGCCAUAUUGUCUUAUUCUAGUUAAAUUAAAAAGUUUUUUAUGAAAAUUUGUGUUUGCAUCAUUAUUAAGAAAUCAUUUACAUACAAAUUAAUUGAAGAUUAAUAUGUUAUUUCGCUUGCAACAUACAACUAGGCCUUUAGUUGUGUUUCCGUGCACAAUAAGUAUAAUCAAAACGUGAACAUUAACAUGUUGUGUGGUAAUGUUUCUACUAAUAAGUUUACAAAAUAUAUUGAUAUUAUCUGUUUCUGUUGUGUAUGGCGUUCUCGAAAAUAAAUUUCGUAGAUCUGG